UAAAUAUACUAAUGAUAGUUACAAGUAUUUGAAUUUCUUUAACUCUUUGAUUAUUUUGUGUAUAUGUUAAUUAAUGACUAUGUCUAAUUCAUCACAAAUUUCUAAUGAACCUUAUCGUGAAUUAGAAGAAUUACGUGGUUCAGAAUUAAAUAUUAAUUCAGAAAAUGUUUCAAGAUGUAAUAGAAAUUUUGAAAAUUGUGUUGCUUUGGAGCUUUCUUCUGUUGUAGUUAUUCCAGAUGGAUAAUCUGCUUAAACUUAUCUGUAAAGGAGCGGGUAACUGUAAGUUAUAUACAUUUACUGUUGUUCAAGCUAUAAAUGCAUUAGGAUUUGGAAAGUUUCAAGUUAAGUUAUCUUUAUUUACGGGUCUCUGUUGGAUGGUAGAUAGUAUGGAAAUAACAAUAUUAAGCAUUUUAAGUCCAUCACUACAUUGUGAUUGGGGUAUAACCAGAUAUCAACAAGCUUUAACAACUACGGUUGUCUUUCUAGGUAUGAUGUUAAGUUCUACAUUUUGGAGUAGUUUAAGUGACAGAUAUGGGAGUAAACAAUCCUUAACUUUAUGUGCAAUAUUAUUAGUUUAUUAUGCUUUUUUAAGUGCUUUUGCACCAAAUUUCCUUUGGAUUUUAUUGCUUAGAGGAUUAGUUGGAUUUGCUAUUGGUUGUGUACCACAAUCUGUUACAUUAUAUGCAGAAUUUCUUCCAGCAAAACAAAGAGCAAAAUGUGUAAUUUUAUUAGAUUGUUUUUGGGCACUUGGAGCUUGUUUUGAAGUAGCAAUAGCUUUGGCUAUAAUGCCAACUUUUGGUUGGAGAUGGCUUCUCAUUUUAUCAACAAUACCACUUUUUAUAUUUGCUAUUAUUACUCCAUGGUUACCAGAAUCUACAGUAUUUGAUAUAACAAGUGGAAGAAUGGAUAAGGCUGUUUCAACUUUAGAACGAGUAGCAAGAGAAAACAAAAAACCUUUACCUCCAGGAAGAUUAGUUAUGGAUCGUUUCUACCAAGUUAAUCAUGGCAAAUUAAAAGAUGUAUUAAGUAAAGAAAUGUGUAGAACAUCUACUUUGCUUUGGCUUGUAUGGAUGAGUACAGCAUUUUGUUAUUAUGGUGUUGUACUAAUGACUACAGAAUUAUUUCAUACAUCAUCCGAACAAUGUAGUUCAUGGGAAAAUGAAAAAGAAGAUGUUUGUCAAUUAGAUUGUCGUUUAGAACGUAGCGAUUAUAUUGAUCUUCUUUGGACAACAUUAGCUGAAUUUCCAGGAAUUUUUUCUACUAUUUUUGCAAUUGAAAAAAUUGGUAGAAGAAAAACAAUGGCUUUUCAGCUAAUAAUGUUUGCCAUGCUUAUUUGUUUUUUAGGCAGAGCAUGUCUAUUAAGCAGAGUAGUAUUAACAUUGACAAUUUUUUUAGCUAGAGCUUUAAUUGCAGGCGUGUUUCAAGCAGCAUAUGUCUAUACUCCAGAAGUAUAUCCAACUCAUUUACGUAGUAUUGGUGUUAGUACAUGUAGUGCAAUGGCUAGAAUUGGUGCAAUGGUUACACCAUAUAUUGCACAAGUAUUUCUUCAAUGGUCUAUUACUGGAGCAAUGGCAAUUUAUGCUACAACAGCAUUAUGUGCUGCAAUAGCUACACUUGCUUUACCUGUUGAAGUGAAAAAUCGUACAUCUAAUGAAUCUCAAGAAACGAGAUAAAAUUUCAAUGAAUAUUCCAGUUUUUUUUCUUUUUUAUCGAAAUGUUUUAAAAGACAAAAUAUAUUUCUAUUGACACUCUAUUGUUAUA